AAAGUUAGGGAAUUUCUCCUCGAGCUGCUGGGCGGAGGAGGAAGCAGGGAAGGCAGCGCACGUGCGUGUGUGCCCUCCCUCGGCCCCAGUGUAUUUAAGCUGCCGGAGGCUGUGCCUGGAGCUGUGUCUCUGCCAACCUCCAGCCACCAGCUGCAGGAGAAGUCAGGCAUUGCGAAGAUGAGCCGGUUCCCAGUGGAUGUGAAAGCUGUAGGCUUGAUGCAAUGCAGAAAGCAGAAGAAGUACAUGAUGUUUGUGUCCUGGUCGGAUCAAAACAACAUUCUCAUCUACCGGACAUUUGAAGAAUUUAAGAGGCUCCACAAAGAGCUGAAGAGAAAAUUCCCCAUUGAGAGUGGAUCACUCAGGAGAUCUGACAGGACUAUACCCAAGUUUAAAGAUGUAAACGUGAAGCAGAGGAAGAUGAACAAGUUCCUGGAGAGACUGAAAUUGCUGGAAACAUACUCCCAGGAACUGCUGAAAACGGAUGCUAAGAUCUCCCAGAGUGAAGAUCUCAUUCAGUUUUUCAGGGCACAAACCCAAGACCUAGAUCCGUGCUUUCCUGAAGACAGUGUUGUGAUCAUGCCUUCAGAAAUUGGAGGGGAAAAGAAAAAGCAGGCGCAGCAGCAGCUCUCUAUUACCAAUCCGCAGGCAUCUCAGAGCUACAGAUGCGUCGAAACCUUUGAAACCAAAGACACAAAGAACCAGGCUUUCAAAGUCGCUCAGAAGGAAAUAGUUGAAGUGUUGCUCAAGGACAUGACUGGUUGGUGGCUAGUGGAAAACGCAGACAAGCAGAUAGCCUGGUUCCCGGCCUCAUACCUGGAGGAGAUCGAUGUCCAUGAGGACAUCCAGGAUACCUUGAGCUCAGACGAGGAGGGCAGCCUGUAUUUCGUUGUGCGGGCCUACGAGUCGCAGAAGGCGGACGAGCUCUCUCUGCACAGCGGCGUGGUGGUGGAGGUGGUCAGGAAGUCCGACAAUGGCUGGUGGCUGAUCCGAUACAACGGGCAGACCGGCUACAUGCCCUCCAUGUGCCUCCAGCCCUACAAGAACCCUCACCACAGGCUGCAGACCAUCAUGAACUGCGGCCUCAACGUCUCCACGCCCAACCUCAGCGCCUCCCCGCUGGCCCCCCAGCCCCAGGGCAAGGUGAGGGGAGGCGGCAGGGUGCAGGACCACGCUGCCCAGGACCGGAGAGACGAGGAUGUGAGCUCUUUGAGAAGCAGAUCAAGAUCCACGCCAGACCUGGAUUCAGACAGCUCCUCGCUCAGCUCAGGGCAGCAGGCUGAGCUGGAAGCCCGAUUUGUCACGGUCUCUGCCUGAGGUGGAGCAAGUCAGGAGCCCCCGCCUGGGGAAAGCCUUGGCCACGCACAGCAGCAAAUCUCCACACCUCACCCACAAGGACAGGAACGAUUCUGGCUUUGUGGAGUCAUCUGCCGCCGAUCUCAGCUGCUCCCUCUCUGACUCGGACACAGCUGGUGGUGUCCCCAAGGUGCCUACGCGCCCCUCAGCUCAUGAGAUCCUCCAGAGGUGCAGCACGGUCACAAGGCGAGCCCUGAGGCAAUCCGCCCCCCAGGCCUUGUCCCCGCUCCCCAACGUGCACUAGAAGGGCCCAGGCCCCCAGCAGACCCUUGCCAAGUCCUGCAGGAGCCACAGGGAGCAUCACUGCUGGGGACCACUGCAUUUACAAGGACACUGCAUUGCUAGGACCACUGCUUUGCUAGGUUACCGCUGGUGCAUGCUGCAGCACAGGAGGGCCAGAAUCGAGCGGUUUAAUUAGGGUGUGCCACAGCACUGGGGUCCCAGCAGCUCCUGUAUAACUUGGAUUGAGGUAAUUCUCCCUCAGGCAUGUAUUUAUCCUGGAGCACGGUUUUUGAGAAUGUCAUGAUUUUCUUAUUCCCCACAAUGUGGUUAUGCAGCACAGUGCUGCAGAGAAAUGGAGUGUAACCCAUGAAAUCCAUAGCUAGUUAUUUAUAUUGGGUAGGGACAGGGUGAUUCAGCCAUGUAUAUGUCAUUUACCUGAAUCCAUUAUUUUUUUCUUUUUUAAACUGUAUUUUUUACUUUAUAGUUAAGUGAAUUUGGGUAGUGGGGAACUGGCUAUCAUGUAUCUGUGAAUUAGCUAGAGCCUCUGAACUGAGAGAACAGAACUGAGUUAGAGAACCUAGAACUUUUGUCUAGAUUGCUACCUUUUAGUUAGUCUCUCAUGUAUGGUGCUUUCUUUUUUUGAUACAAAAAAUUUAACCAAUGUGUAAGGAUUUGUGUUGUUCAUAGUUUUAUAGUUCUAAGUUUCAUAUAUUUCUUUCUCUGAAAUAAAAUGCAGAUAAAAAUC